AUGAGUUAUGGGGAUGGUGAUGAUCCAUCCCCCUCCCGACUUCCUUUUGACCAACCGCCUUGGUCAUCUAAUGGAAAUAAUCCCGGAAAUUCACCAACACAUCUAGGAAAUCCCGAUGAUUGGGCUGGUGUACCCGUAUGGGCCGUUUAUCUCUUCGCUGGUUGUGCUCUGUUAAUUGGAGCCGUUCUAUUACUCGACUAUUGUGUUAUACGAAGGAAUGCUUUAGGAAACACAUGUUGUGCUCGAUCAAAACAAAAGCGAUCCUCGUCUUCAGCGCACGCAAAACGAUCGACGAAUAUGUUGUUGAAUAAAAUGACCCGAGUGCCUCCAAUGGAUCCCGAGCAGUUUAUGUGU